UCGCCUGGGUGUUCUGCUGAAGGAUUGGGACAUCUGCACAGAAGGGAGCGCGGCGGCGGCUGGAGCUGGCCUUGUUCGGGGCUGAAGUUCCUCCAGCGCUAUGGGGGUUUGAGUGCGUGCAGCGCGCCGGGGGAGGCCGCCAGCAGGGACAGGAUCGCACCACCCGGAGCGUACGCACACAGACUUGAUUACAAUAUUUCAAGCCUAAUGGCCUCUGGCAUAAACAAGAUUCAUCAGCCCGGGACUUGCAAUGGAUCUAAAGCCGCUCGCAGCAGCUCGGCAGAGGAAUGCAAUCAGGAAAUGCACAUGAAAAUGUGCAAGAAGAUCGCCCAGCUCACUAAGGUGAUAUAUGCCCUGAACACUAAGAAUGAUGAACAUGAGGCUAGUAUACAGGCUCUGGGAGAGGCUCAUGAAAAAGAAAUUCAGCACAUUCUUGCUGAGACAAGGGAAACGAUUCUCCAGUGUAAAAGCAAAGUUGAAGAAGAACAAUUGCUAAGAAAACGUAUUCAGGCCCUUGAAAUUGCAGUAGAACAACACAAGAGACUAAAGGAAGAAGCCUUGGCAGAGUUAACGUUGUGCAAGAAGCAGGUGGAAGAGAGGGAGCCGAGAACGGAAGUGAAACAAGCGCAGACUGUCCUUUCUACAGACACGGUAGAUACCAAUGCAGACUUUGAAAACAAGCUUCUACAUUUAAAUCAGGAGUCUGAUGGACUGCUAAAUGAAUACAAAGCAUCUAGGAGAGCAAAUUUAGAUAAAAAAGUAAUUUUAGCUGAAAAAUACAGUGUGGAAGGACAAGCUCUAAUAAAUGAGAUGGAAAACCUGAAGAGUGAGAGCCAGAGAGUAACUGAAGAAUAUACUCAGAAAACAAGCAAACUGCAAGCCUCUUAUGAGAGAGAAAAAGAGGAUUUGAAAAAUGCUAUGCAGCAAUCUGUGAUAGAAACAGAGAAGAAUUGUUGGCAAAGAGAACUGGAGCAAAGGAAGAGCUCAGAGCCUGAGGAAGGCUUUUUGCUGCAGCAGGUAAAGAAGCUGGAGGCAGACCUAGAGGAGAAAAGCCAGAAGAUAAAUGAGAGGAAGAAGCAUUCCCAGAAGCUGAAGGAGAGAAUACAGGAGCUCCAGACACAGCUAGAGGAAUUUAAAAGAAAAUCUGAGUGUGAACUAAAGCAACUAGAGAAAGAAAAAGAAGUCCUAACUGGGAAACUUCAAAACUCUUCACUUGAGGUGACUCAGCUGAAGCAAAUAUUAGAUCAACAAGCAAAUAAUUUCAAGGAGUCACUGAAGAAACAUAAUCUACAGUCCAACAAAGAAAAAGAGAAGCUUUUGCAGGAUCUUCAAAACACCAUUAAAGAAAACCAGAGUGUUAAACUGCAGCUGGAGGCAUCACAUCAAAAAGUCUUGAAAAUGUUGGAGAAAAGCAAAAAUCAGGAACUCAAGGAGGCAGAAGAACGUUUGAAAAAGGAAUUUAAUGAGACUUUCAAGAUCCAACAUCAGUCUCAUAGGCUGGAAAUGCAAACCUUGGAAGAGAAAGCAAAGAAAGAAUUACAUGAUGAACUCGAGCAGAUACAGAAGCAGCAAACCGUGUUGCUAGGAUCUCUAAGGAUGGAACUCUCUGAGCAACAGACAUCGUGCACUAAUCUCAAGAAACAAAUAGAAGAACUCCAAAUGGAGCUGAGGAGUGUGAGGACACUGAAGAAGCAUCAGGAAGGAAGUAGCCAGAGCCAGAUCAGAUCUCUUCAUGAUGAACUGGAAAAAUGUCAGAAUGAAAUUUCCAAACUCAAGAAAGAGAAUUUACUUCUAAAGGACACAAUGAAGCUACUCAGUGCUGAGUUGGAGUCACAGAAGCAAGAGGCUGCACAGCUUCAGGAUAGGGAGAAACAGCACAGAAGGCUACUGGUAGAAGACCUCAAUAUCAAGCAUAAAAAAGAACUGGACAUACUGAAACAAGAUCACCGGAAAGAAAUCGAAAACAUGUUAUCUGAUUUCAGCAGCACUCGGGCACAUCUCCAAGCAAAGAUUUUCUUCUUAGAAACUGAACUUAAAGAAUUAGAAGCAAAGUCAAGAAAGUGGGUGUCCAGAUCAGAAGAUACACACCUUAUAAGCUGUCUGCAAGACAAAUUAAGUGAGAGAGAAGAGAUUAUCAAGCAGCUGGCGGAAGGAAGAAAAUUUCAGCAUUCACUUUUAGCUAACACUGAAUCUCACAGGAAUCGAUCAUUUUCUUUCAACCCUAAUACAGGAUGCUCGACUUCUUCCAUGAAGCAGCAGAAGAAAACGGUCGAGGUGCCCAGUCGUGUUGUCAGUGUUCCGAAUUUAGCUUCCUAUGCAAAGAGCUUUUUGAGCUGUGACUUGAGAUCAAAAAGAAGUGCUCCUCAAAUAACAAAAUCUACAAGCUUAGACCGGAGUCCUGGCUGCCUCAGGGUGGGCUCUCCAUCAGCACAGUCCUCAGACAGCAGUGCUGCCACAAGGACACAUGGCAAUGAACCACCACAAACCAAAGAUGACCAAAACCAAGACCCUCAGCAUCAAGAAUGGUUUACUAAAUAUUUUUCAUUUUAAAGCAAACUAUUUCCAUACUUCUCAGAAUCACUAGAAAAGCUCUUCCCGUUUUCUUUUAGGGAAUGAUAAUCCAAUAUGAUUUAGGAAAAAAAAAAGAUAAGAUGUAAUUUCCAAGUAAAUAAUUAGGAACAACUGCACUCUCUUACAUGUUAAUUACUAUGGAGUUAUAGGCGUGGAUUUCAGAAAAAUGCAUUUUUUUUUUAACAACCUCUGUAAAAAAUGAAGAAAAAGCAAAAUUCUGGAAACUGUUAUGUGGAGAGACUUUUUAAUCAAGAGACUGCACCACUCCGCAAUUGCAUUAAAUACGCAGUUUGGUCUCCGAUACGUCCUAUCAAUCUGGCUCCAGCUGAAAAAAGAUCUUACUUCUGUAGGUGAUUUCUGUAGGUUUAUACAUUUGCUUUAUCAGCUGUUUAAAAUAAUUUCUGUAUAUAAUAAUGUAAUUUUUUAAGUUUUUAAUAGUUUUUUGUUAAACUUAUUUUAAGCUGUACAGCAUGCAGUAUACCUCCAAUAGCAUGUUUAUAGCAGGCUGGUUUAGAAAUACUUUCUGGUUUGCUUAAUAAACUGUUUUGUGUAGUCGGCAUUGCAAUAUAAUAUUCCUGUUGCACUUCAAUACGUGUAACAAUCAGCCUGAUAAAUUAGGAUAAUAUGCAAGUAUGAACAUUAAAACUUGCUUGUAAA